GGAAGUCGUCCCACGAUCUAUAUUUAGAAACGUAUUGAGCAAGGACUUUUUCCAAACACGAAUGAACAUUUCACAUCUGUUACUUGAUUGAUUAUCGUCGAUUUACAAUAGGUCAGAGUGAGCCUGCUUCAAUGGCUAAUGAUCUUCCGAUCGUGUCAGUCUGCAUCGUCACAGACAUUGCCAAAUGUCCGGGGAAUCAUUCUGUUAUUGAGAAAACCUUCAAUGGAGCGGAGGAGGCAGACCUGUGGAAGGAUGGAAUAUUCGGCCGUCGAGUCACCAGAUACUUGUGUGUGGAGAAGACAGUCCCUGCAGAGAAUCAGGAUGUUCUAGUUGAUGUUGUGAUAAUAAAUGAGAAGGACCCAGUACCCCCUGGCUUCACCGUUCUGGACUUCACACAGGAUACACGAGAAAAAGCGCUGAAGAAGCGAUUGUUAUGUAUCCGGUUGAUGAACCAAACACUGACCAAUGAUGCUAUCACAGAGCUCAUUCUGAUGUCAAAAGGGACGCGGAAGCCGCCAAAUGGCUACACAUUUGUUGGAGAGCUGAACCACUUGUCCAUGUGCUUCAAGAUGGGGAGGGUGACAAAGACAGAGGCAAGCCACCUGUCCAGCCAGCUCCCCUACCCCAUGCCACACGCUGGAGGGGGUGCGGGGACCAUCAGUCUGACCCCACUAGGGACGUCGCUGCCAUAUGAGAUGAACCCUGGUGGCCAGCCGGCUGUGAACGGACACAAGCAGGGCACCCUCACCACUCAACUCUCACUUACUCACAUCAACCCUUUGAAUGGAGUGCCCUGGCAACUCAACUCCCGGUUGAAGACAAAUGAUAUAACUAUUCCGGAGAUCAGAUACAAGUCCAUGAUGGAUGUUGAAAAUGAGUACCAGUAUGACUUCCGAGUGGAGCGGACGGCAAUGCAGGCAGCCGGGGGAAGCUGAAACCAGCACAAACUGGAAUGAACUUGAAGCAACCAAUUUCAGUUUUACAUAUUUCUUAGUACUUCCUUCCCUCUAUGCUUGGCCCUCCAAUGCUUUGUCCAGCAUGUUUUUGCUGUAACCAUGGUAACGAACCAUUGAAGCGUUGCUUAUACAUUUCACAGAACUGUUUCUUUGUUGAAGUUGGUUCUUUUUCGGACAAACUGGUGUUAGAUUUGUUUUAAAAUGUCAGGUCAAACAAAACAUAGUGCAAUCAAGCUGAAAAUAUUUAAAGUAGAUCAAUGUUACAAAAAGCGAAACAGAAAGUAAACAAAUUUGUUCCGGUUACUGAUACAGCUAAAAUUUGGAAGGAAAGAAACAUUUUUAUAUAAAAUGUCACCCUUGAUCAUGUUGAUUUGUGUUGAUUUUAAAUGUAUUUACACAACUUUCUAGUUUUUUAAUUUCCUCAAUGAUAAAUGCAUGGUUUAAUAUUGAUAUUGCAAGUGUGAUAUUUACUUGCGAGGGACAAUAUGACUGUGACCUGCGCCGGCACAUGUGAGCCACAGUACAAAGCAGUCAGAUGGUGGUACGGAGGGAGACAUUGUGGUCUGUCAAGAGUGUUUCCCCUGGGGGAAAACAACCUGAACAAAACCAGGGUAGCUUAAGUGUAGGGUCGGAGUGUAGCAGUGUUGUAUCUAUCUCAGUUGGAUGCAAAUGUUUCUUUGAACAAACGUGUACUUUAGCGUGUCGUCACAUACAACUGGUGUAACAGAAUGGUCACCACUGGGACACACUGUUAUAUUACUUUAUAGAUUUGUUUGUGAAAAAUUGGAAUUUCCGUGUUAUCUGAAUACAUUGUAUAUUGCGUGUCUUGAUGCACUUGAUGUUUGACUUUCUGUAUGCACAGUAUUGAACGUGAUUCACACAUCAGUUUGCUUAGGGGAAUAAGAAAAUGUAGUGCUUUUCAGAAAGAAAAUCCACUUUAUAUAUUUUUAGGGCUUGUGGAUCUGUAAAUCAAUAAACUGAGAAAAAUCACGCUAAAUAUGCUCGCAUACAGCAGGAGAAGGUAAUGGGUACAUCUAACGAGAAGUCGGGGAGAAAAUGAGUUCAGGUCAACGAGGAAGUACUCUCGGAGAAAAGCUUGUUAGUAUGGUAUGACUCUCUAUUAUCGCUGGCUCCAUAUUAUUGCGGUAACGGUAAAUCUUGAAGUCCACACCCCCUGUCAACUGUUUACCUAUGCACAUCUAAGCGUGAUAUUUUAUUGCUUGAUCGAAUACAGGACUCGUUGCAGUAUGUCAUGGCUACUCGUAAGUAUACAUGUUAACUUUUUUAUGAUAGUUUCUGAAAUGAUUUUGAAGUGGAAUUACCCCUACUUCCAUUCGUAAUUGAUUAGAAAAGAACCCAUUUGUUUGGAUGAAGUUCUUUAACCCAACCUAGGUCGUAUGCAUAUUGAUUAUGCAUAAUCCAAAACAGGAAGUGAUGUAUCGUAACAGAAAAUAGCCAUACUUCAGUAAUACAGAGUUGCCUGCACUUGAGUCGCUAAUGACAGGUACUUUGUUUACCGACCUCGGUAAAGAAAAUCAGCAUCGAUCAAUAUGUCAUAAAAGUUGAACAAAGAACAAGAAACAUUUAUGACAUAUUUAAUAGGUCAGUAAGUGUUUGCCAUUCUGAUCCAUUAUUAAUUAACUACCGCGAUAAUAUGGUGUACCAUGCUACACUAACCUGAUCAUUUUAAUGUUGUGUAGUUCAUCUUAAUAUGCAUCUUCCCUAGGCAAGAGAGUUAACUGACUUUAAAAGUCCAGUUUCCACCCUUGCCGAACUUGGCUGGAAUUCCAGGGCUCGAUCGUAGCGCCACAAGUGGUUAUUACGAGUUAUGUCCCUUCUA